CGCUUUCUCUGAUCUCUCUUUCUUUCUUGGCCACUGCCCUUCCUGCUGCUGCCCGCCACCGCCGACGCGCUCGUUGCUGACGGAUCUCUGCUUAUAGAGUGUUUAUCUAGCUAGCUUGCUACUCCUCCACUUGACGACGUCGACAACAACAACAUGCAUUCACCAAUGUCUUCUUCGCGCCGCCCGUCCGAGCGUCGUUUCUCGGAGCGCAGGCCGUCGGGCGCGCAGUCCCGUAAGUCGUCCAUCGAUCCGUCAAGGCUCGUCCGUAUGGACAAGAUGACGCAUAUCGGUGGAUCCGAGAACUUUAAUGUCGUCUUUAUUGGAGCGGGGAAUAUCAUGUUUGGUUCGGACGAGGGACCGUGGAACCACUCGUUCCGCUUCGAACACAAACUUGGCCCGCGUCUCAAGGUCAUCGCCUUGAUCGACCCGGCGGUCGAGCGCGCCCAGGCCGUGCUUAAGAUGAAGUGCGACUCGUUCGUGGUGUCUGCAUAUAAGGACACGCGUAUCUACAAGAACUUUGACGAGUUCGUCAAGAGUAUGCCGGAGAAGCAACGCCCGCAUGCGUUCGUCAUUGGCAGCCCGCCGAUGUUCCGUGGAAACACGAAACCCGGACGCGAUGUGGAACUUCAGAUCUUGAGGCACUUCCCUGGCGUUGCGAUGUUCAUUGAGAAACCUGUCGCGACGCACCCUGAUGCAGAGGUUGACGAGGCUUUUGCUGUGGCGAAGGCGAUUAACGAUAGUGGAAGCAUUUGUUCCGUUGGAUACAUGCUUCGUUAUCUCAAAGCCGUGCAGAUGAUGAAGCAGAUUAUCCUGGACAAUGACUUGACGGUGAUGGCCACCGUCGCUCGCUAUGCUUGUGCGUAUGAAGCCAUUGCGAAGCCCGACUGGUGGGAUAAAUCGAAGAGCUGUGGUCCCAUUGUCGAGCAGGGCACUCACUUCUGCGAUCUCUCGCGUUACUUCGGAGGUGAUGUUGAUAUCGAAUCCGUCCAGGCGCAUUCAGUCGAGUGGGAUGAAUUGCCGGGAAAGCUGUCGAAGAUGUCCAUUGAUGAGUCAAAAAUUGCACCGGAAAACAGAGUUCCUCGUGUCACCUCUGCCACCUGGAAAUAUGAUAACGGCGCUGUCGGCAGCUUGACUCAUGCUGUUUCCCUUCAGGGCACGAACUAUAGCUGCGAGCUUGAAGUCUUCUGUGAUGGAUACUCGCUCAAACUCGUGAACCCAUAUGUCCAGCCGACGCUGUAUAUCCGUCGCCCAGGAGAUGACUAUGAGGAGACACAUCGUUUCCCAGAUGACGAUCCGUUUUUCUCGGAGGUCUCCAAUCUUAUCGACGUGAUUGAGGAUAUUGAGGAAAACGAUGAGGAGGCUGGCCUUAUCCUGAGCAGUUACGAGGACGCAUGUAAGACGUACGAAUUUACGUGGGCAAUCCGUCGUGCUAGUGAGCGCUCCAUCAAGAAGAAGGACCAAACUGCGUCACCAGGCGGUGCAUAGACGUAGAUGUGUAUGACAAGACUCAGGUUCUUGUUACAAUGUUAGGUCAGGAAGACUGGAUAGACGUAUAGAAAGGAAAUGCGGAAGGAAACUUGAUUGCUGAAGAAAAAAAUUCUUGUACUGCUUGACUUGUAAAGUGAUUCCAUUAGGCCGGAAUAUACCGUUGCUUGUCUCAU